AUGGCCGAUUGUGCCCGGGUUGUGCCCGGUCAUAUGCGAUUGCUCCAUGCCAUGGCCGGUGAUGUGCCCGGUCUUGUGCGGUUGCCCCAUGCAAUGGCCGGUCAUGACCAUGAUAAGCCUUUAGCGCAUCAUCUGGUCCUUGAAACUGAUCCUGCUACUAUGGGAGAUGCCUUAAAUGACAAAGGCAUCUCUGCCUGCUUGAACACCAUGAAUGUGGUUUCUGACAACAAUAAGCACUCUAGCUUAUCUUAUAAGGAUAAGCUCAUUAACUCCAAUGAGAAUAUUGCUAUCUCCUUUUUUUCCUCUCCCUUUUACAGUAAUGACUCCACUGACUCUGAAAGCGAUGACGAGGAAGAAAAGGGAGUGGCUUCUAUUAAACUCUCUAAAGAAGAGAAACAAAGAAUCAGAGCCCCUUGGGCUCAAGCCAUCAUUGUCAAAACCUAUGGUAAAAAUGUGGGAUACAAAUUCCUUUACCCCCGUCUUAUGGCUCAAUGGAAGCGAGAGGGGAAAGUGGACUGUAUCGAUUUGGGAAAGGAUUUUUUCUUAUUUCAAUUCCACCGUAACACCGAUUAUGCUAAGGUCAUAUUACCUGGUUUGUCCAUCGAAUUUUUUGAUGUUAACAUCCUUAAACGCAUUGGAAAUCAAAUUGGUCAUCUGGUGCGUAUUGAUGCUAAUACAGCUAGUACCUCAAGGGGCAAGUAUGCUCGGCUUUGUGUAGAAGUCGACCUUGACACCCCUCUUUUGCACACCAUUAAAAUUGGCAAGUACAGACAACUUGUUCUGUAUGAAUCGGUCUCUGGACUUUGUUUCAAGUGUGGCUGUAUUGGCCAUAGCAAGAACAAUUGCCCUUCAAAUUCUUCAGACCCUAGUGGAGAAGAUUUGGCCAAUGGUCCUAAGGAACUGUCUAUGGAGGGAGAAACUGUCGACCCGCCCGAGGCCAAAUCGCCUCCUAAUGCAACUUCUAGUGAAGGCUACAGGCCGUGGAUGGUGGUCACCCGACGGAAAAUCAAGCCACAACCCACAAAGAGCCCCACUGAUUGUACAAACACUAUGCCCAAGAACACCCACAAUGGGUCGACCGUUGCGGCUAAGCCCAAUGCAAAAAUCAGUAGGGCCGAACCUGCUAGGGAGGGCCUAAGCCAAAUGGUUAUUGCCUCUAACCAACAGGCAAUUAAAAAUGAUCGUUCUGACCCCCCUACUCAGCCUGACAUGCUAGCACCUUCUCCUAUGGAAAUUCAAACAGCAAUGUUUACGCUAACCCCUCCUUAUCCAAAAGAAAGUUAUUGUGGAAUGAACUUAGGCAGAAGUGGCUCUAUUAGAGCCUUCAGAUUUGAAUGGUGUUGGUUCAACAACCUUGAUUUCCUUGAUUUUGUUCAUAACUGCUGGAAUAGAAGUGAUCAUAAUCUCUCGCAAAAAUCUAGCGAGUUUGUCUCAGCUGUUAGAGUUUGGAACCGGGAAACUUUUGGCAAUGUUUUUAUCAAGAAUAAGAAGUUGUUAGCUCGCAUUCAAGGAAUCCAGAAAGCCCUUUGUGACCACCAUAACAGCUUUUUUGUGGACUUGGAGAAAGAGCUAAUCAAGGACUAUAAUGUUGUCCUUAAGGAUGAAGAGGAAUUUUGGAAAAUGAAAUCUAGAGUUGACUGGAUCCUGGAUGGUGAUAGAAAUACAAGCUUUUUCCACCUCUCUAUUAUCAUCAGGAGGAAAAGGAACAGGGAUUUUAGGCUUAAAGACUCUGUUGGUAAUUGGAUCAAUCAGGAUCAGGCCCUUGCCUCCCACAUUAUCAAUCAUUUUCAGAUUCUUUUUUCUACUUCGCUAGUCACUUCCGAUUGGGACUGCAUCCUUCCAGCCAAUAUAACUAAUGAGCUGAGACUUGAUACCCAUGACAGUCUGUGUCAAAAACCUUCUAGGUCUGAGAUUCAUAAAGCCCUGUUCUCUAUGAAGCCUAGAAAGUCACCGAGUCCUGAUGGUCUCCACCCAGGUUUCUUCCAAAAGUGUUGGAAGACUGUGGCUCCUACCAUUUGGGAAUAUAUCUCUAAAGUCUUCACUGACUGGGCCAUCCCUGCUUAUUGGAGCGAGAGCCUUAUUGCCCUCAUUCCUAAAUCUCUGAAUCCUGAGUCCAUCACUCAGUUCAGACCUAUAGGUCUUUGCAAUACCUCUUAUAAAAUUGUCUCCAAAAUCCUUGUCAACAGGAUUCGGCCCCUCCUCUUUGAUUUGAUUAGCCCUAACCAAGCUAGCUUCAUCCUAGUGAGAAAAGGCACAGAUAAUAUUAUCUUGGUGCAAGAAAUUGUUCAUUCCUUCUCCAAACAGAUUGGUAAAGUGGGGAACUUACUCAUCAAGCUUGAUUUAGAUAAAGCUUAUGACAAGCUGGAGUGGAGCUUUAUCAGACAAGUUCUUCUUUUUUUCAAUUUUCCCAAAGACAUUAUCUCUCUUAUUAUGUCUUGUAUCUCCUCGGCUUCCAUGUCCAUUUUUGUUAAUGGUUCGAAUACUGAACCAUUCCAACCUACGAGAGGGAUCCGGCAAGGUGAUCCCCUCUCACCUUAUAUUUUCAUCCUCUGCAUCGAAUACCUCUCUAUCAUGAUUAAUGACAAGCUGGAAGCUAGAGAAUGGACCUCCUUCAAGACUUUUAGAAAUGGCCAUCUUCUUACGCAUCUGUUCUUUGCAGAUGACCUUAUCCUUUUUGCUAAAACCACUCCUCAAAACUGUGUUGCCAUCCAGGAUGUCCUUGAUACCUUUACCAAACUUUCUGCUCAGCAAGUCAAUCACACCAAAUCCAAAAUCCUCUUCUCCAAGAAUACUGAACCUUAUGUUGCCAACGCUAUCUGUGACAAUCUGGGUUUUGAUAGGGUGAAUGACAUUGGGAAAUAUCUGGGUUUUCCAAUAUCCCAUAAAGCGCCAUCAAAAGCCAAUUAUAGUUUCAUUGUGGACAAGAUCAAUCAGAAAUUAGCAGGGUGGAAAACUAGACUCCUCUCCCAUGCUGCAAAAACCACGUUGAUCAAUUCCUCGAUCACUGCUACGGCGGGAUACUAUAUGCAGGCUGCGGCCUUUCCGGUGUCGACCCUUAAUGAUAUCGAUAGGGCUGCUCGGAACUUUCUUUGGGGCAGCACCAAUGACAGUAGAAAGCUCCAUCUUAUCAACUGGAUAUGGUCACCAACAAGCCUCUGGGUCUCGGUGUUUAGAAACAAAUACUUGGCCUGUAAGAGAGAGAGGAAAUAUGGUUCUCCCCUGUGGAGAAGAAUCUCCAAGGCCUCUGGUCUCCUUAAAGAUGGGAUCAAAUGGACCAUUAAAGAUGGGGAAAGGGCUCUUCUUUGGCAUGACAAUUGGUCGGGCCUAGGCCCUCUGAGAAAUUUCUUUAUAGGCCCUCUUAAUCUGGAAGACAAUGCAGCCUGUGUUUCUUCUGUCAUUAAUCAACAUGGAACUGUGGAGGCGGAUGCUCUUAGGUUUUUCCUUCCCUCUUCCAUCAUUGAUCACCUCUCCUCCAUUCCCACCUAA